UCAGUGUCAGAUCGUCAAUCAGUGCGUUCGGACGAUAGAGCUUCGUCUUGCGUAGUGUCAUACUAUUUUGUGAGCCUUGUCGCGCCAACCGAGGAAGAACGGUAUUUUCGGUGUUUUGCGCUCGAACCACAUCUCCUAAGAUAUUUCGAGAAGAUGCUCUGCUCUGCCAUUAUAUGAACAUCAUUUUAGACUAUAAUAUGUAUCAUCCAUCUUCAAGAUAAUGGUUGUUGGUCCAAGUUAAGAUAUAAACACUUGCAGAACGUCGUUGAACGUCGUAGCAGACAUUAUCGACUUAUUGCACGUGCCAGAUUAUUGCACGACGCAUUCUUGAAUUGUUACCAAGAAGCAGAGAGAAACAGAAGUGGACAUGGCAAAUCGAAUGAAGGCUUUGUACAAUCAGGUUAUUUUUGAAAGGCGACUUCUUUUGGGUUGUACUGCCCUUGUGGGAUUGUCAGCAUGCAUAUGGUCUGUGGCUAUAGGAACUGAUUAUUGGUUCACACUCGAAUCACCAGAUAAUCAUGGUUUACCUUUGGGAGGUGCUAAAAUUGGUAGAAGAUUGAUUUAUAGACGCACGGGUCUCUGGAGAAGUUGUACCAUUGGAUUGGAACCCAAACCGAAAAAUUCUACGAAUUUAGUGCGUUAUGAUGAAUGCGAGUAUUUGGAUAUGUUUCCGACAGAGAUGCAAAUACAAUUAGAUCCAAGUUUGAACAUGACAGUAUUGAGUUACGCCAAGACUCAAGUUUCAUUUGCUUUAAUCAGUCUUUUCGUAAUGUUGAUGGGCUUCUUCUUUUCAAUUUACACAUUCCUAAAUCCACGCUAUAUGUUUAAGCGUCUAGCCGGAGGAAUACACUUCAUAACUGCUGCUUGCAAUAUGGUGGUGAUACAAGUGCUACUUUCUUCAAUCGAAUAUGAAAGUAAUCAUGUCUUCGAAAACUUUCCAAAGAAUGCAUUAAUAAAAUAUAAUUAUUCGCUUAUUCUUGCAUGGAUCGUAUUUUUAUGCAAUUUAAUGUCUGGCUUGGUCUUCAUGCUUUUCUCAAGGAAGAGAAAGAGAGAUAAAGCCCCUACGGAAGAAAUAGCUAUGGCUGAUGAGCCAACAAUAAUUGGACGUUAAAUUUCUUUUAUUACUAUUGUUAUUAAUUUUAUUCUUAUUGUUAUUCAUUGAAACUACGAGAUUUGAGUGUGAAUUAUAAAUGAUGCUAAUUAUAUA